AUGGACACAGCCAUUGACCUUUCGGACGCCUCCAAGGCGCUGGAUCUUGCCAACAUUCGCUUCCAAUUGAUUCGCCUUGAGGACACCAUCAUAUUCCACCUCAUUGAGCGAGUCCAAUUUCCUUUGAACCCCGCCAUCUACGAUGCACAAGACCUCCCGAUCCCUUGUAGCAACCUCGCUCUACCUGCCAACAUCUCGCUUUUAGAUCACAUCCUGUCCGAGACCGAGCGACUACAUUCAAGCGUUCGCCGCUACGACUCCCCGGACGAGUACCCUUUCUUCCCACAGACGUUACAGCGGCCCAUGCUUGAACCUCUCAAGUAUCCCAGGAUUCUGCAUGACAAUGUUGUCAACGUCAACGACACAAUCAAGGACAAGUAUACCAAGCAGAUUCUGCCGGAGGCAUGCCGUGAUUUUGGACGCAAGGAUAGAGGUGCGGCCAAGGAGAACUAUGGUAGUGCAGCUGUCUGCGAUGUCAACUGCCUCCACGCCCUGAGUCGCAGAAUCCAUUUCGGCAAGUUCGUCGCGGAGAGCAAGUUCCAGAAAGAGACCGAUCGCUUCGUCAGAUUGAUCAAGGCCGAGGACCGCAAUGGCAUCGACGAGGCUAUUACUGACGCCAAGGUGGAACAGAAGGUCCUUGAGAGAUUGCUCCUGAAGGCCAAGACAUAUGGAACAGACCCGUCUGUUAAAGGAGACGAGAAUGUGAGUAAGAUCGACGUGGAUGCCGUGGUUAGGAUGUACAAAGAAGUUGUCAUCCCACUGACCAAAGUCGUCGAGGUCGAAUAUCUUAUGCAGAGACUAAAAGGUACCCAGUGGGAGUAG